CAUCGACGUCAACCCCAAUCCCAACCCUCGCAAUUGCUGGCGGAAGCGUCUCAAUUGCAUUCCAAGAUGGCGCUAGAUGGUUCCUCAGUCGAGACCCCGCGGCCUGCGACCCGGGAAGAGAUGAGCGUUGCGAAAAUCCCGUUGGCCUACCGAGACAGCUGCGCGCAUCUUCUAAUCCCUCUCAAUCGGUGCCGUUACGAGACCUAUUACCUGCCUUGGAAGUGCGAGGACGAGAGACAUACCUACGAGAAGUGCCAAUACGUCGAAUUCAAGAAGCGGGUGGCUAAGAUGGACGAGUUGAGGGAAGCCAAGGCAGGUCAGAGGAGCAACUGAGUUAGCCCUUCCAUCGGGCACAGUCCUGGACAGAGGUGCCAUUGUACUUAUCGCCGAAUCCAGCGGCCAUGCGAUGCAGUCGGUCCGGUUUAGGCACAAAUGUACCAGAUUCAAACAACAGCAGCAGGUACCCUUCCUGACGCCAGCCUGCGCCAGCGACUUCGUGAUAUAAUCCGCCGCGCGGGACUGGGUGGUCCUCCUGGAAAUGGUAUGGGUUCGAGCCCGGGCGUCAAUCCCUAUCUGCUCGACAAGAUGAUCUUCAUAUGUCUUCUUCGGUUACGGUACAAUGCCGGUGGGCCGAAUUGUUCUUCUCUCAGUG